AGAAGGUCGGUCGACGUGGUCGGGUCGGAUCGACUCCGUCAACUGCGAUUCACCCGCCCGAACUUGCCACCUGAAUUCGGUCCGAAGUCCAAUGUGUGAUGCGUAGAGAAGACUCGACUCCGCCUUAUUACCAGCAGCCACUUCUCUCUCUCUCUCUCUCUCGCUCGCGGACACACUACAGCUCUCCCUCUCUCUUUGGUUAUUGGUUAAUCACAGUGAUGCCACAGUACCACCACUCCAGUCCCUAUUUCGACGACGAUGACGACGAAGAGCUCAUCAAGAAGAGGAGGAAGCCGCCGCCCAGGCCCUCCCCCUUCCUAACCCCGUCCUCGCCGCACCCACCCCGCCGCGCCCUCCUCAUACUGGUCAUCCUCUCCGCCGUCUGUCUCAUCGUCGGCAUCGCUGGGAUCGCGUUCGCCGCCGCCGCCAUCCGCCGACCCCCGCGCAUCGUCACCGUCUUCCGCUGCGGCCGCGCCGAGGACACCCUCCGCACCUUCCGAUCCAAGUCCCUCGCCGCCACCGGCCGGCCCGAGGAGGGCGUGGCGGCGAGGCCCAAGGUGAUUGGGGUCGUCGGGGUCCUCACAGGGUUCUCUUCCUCCGAUCGUCGGGCUGCGCUUCGGGAUACCUGGUUCCCUCGUGAUCCUGACGCCUUGUCUCGUUUGGAUCAUGCUACUGGACUGGUUUUUAGAUUUGUGAUUGGGCAGACAAAGGAUCCAAAGAAAAAGGCAGUGCUGCAGAAAGAAGUAGAGACGCACAAUGACUUCAUGUUUGUAGAUGCUGAUGAAGAUAACUAUAAGUUGCCCUAUAAGACGGUAGCAUUUUUCAAAGCAGCUUUCAACCUUUUUGAUGCAGACUUUUAUGUGAAAGCUGAUGAUGAUAUUUAUUUGCGGCCAGAUCGACUUGCCACUCUUCUUGCUAAGGAUCGAGCACAUCGUCUUACUUACAUUGGUUGCAUGAAGAAAGGCCCAGUUAUCACUGACCGAAAUAUGAAAUGGUUUGAAAGUUCAGGCCAUUUGAUUGGGAAUGAGUACUUUCUACAUGCACAUGGUCCGAUAUAUGCUCUUUCUGCUGAUAUUGUAGCUGCUUUGGCAAGUGCAAGAAAUGAUAGUUUGAGAAUGUUUAACAAUGAGGAUGUCACCAUCGGUUCAUGGAUGCUUGCCAUGAAUGUGAACCAUGAAGAUACCAAAGCUUUGUGUGAACCUAUAUGCACAUCAACAUCUAUUGCUGUCUGGAGCAACCCGAGAUGCUUAGAUCCAUGUGACCUUAAAGAGAAACUGAUGGAGCUUCAAAACGUCAGUAUGUGCUCAAACAGCUCGACAUUGCCUCCUGAAGAUGACGAAGAUGACUAGUGCUAGUUUGUUGUCCCAAAGAAUUUUUGCAUGACAUAUUCAAGAAGGGCUCACUCACUGGCGACCAAUCUGUAUGAUAGAAGCACGCAUCAUUUCUUGUUAUCUCCCUACAUAUAGUUGAGAGGAUCGCGAUUGCUUUCAUACUGUUUGCUAAUUUGUGACUAUCCAUACGGACAUGUACAACUUUGAUGUGUACAUCACGUUCUUACCAAAUUCUUUUUUUGGUUACAUUAA